AUGACUGUGAGCCUAACAUUAAUCAACCAUCAGAACCUGUCCUGCUUCGGCUUGAGGACGCCGCUGGAAGUGUGGAUGUGCCGGAAAAGGAUGCAGACGAUGUGGAGGGGUCUUCGAUUGGGAGUGCGCAGGAAGAAGAGCUGCAGCGAGAAGCUCCACGCCCACAAAGAAGACACUAUAACCCUGUCUCCUGUGUGUUGGUGCAGCCUGAAGGCCGUGCUGUCCGCCCCUCCCAGCAACGGCACUCUGGAGCUGUCUGGGAUCCCGGUGUGUGCACGCGACAUAGAGCGUCUGUGUGCUCAUCUGCAGCGCCACUCGUCCUCCGUGGUGAACGUGGAGCUGGGAUUCACGGAGCUCACGGACGAAGCCUUCCUCCUGCUGCUGCCCACGCUCGCCGCUCUGCCCCGGCUGGAGACGCUCGCUCUGAACGGGAACAGACUCACACGUGCCAUUCUCAAGGAGCUCACGGAUGCACUCAAGGACCCCAGCAGCUUCCCCAGUGUUACAUGGAUCGACUUGGGCAACAACGUGGACAUCUUCUCUCUGCCGCAGCCCUUCCUGGUGAGUCUCAGGAAGCGCUGUCCCAAGCAGGGCAACCUCCCGACCAUCCUGGAGUUUGGGGAGAGCCAGGCCAGCGAUGUCCCAGAGAGACUGCGAGGCCUGGGGGAGGAGGACGAGACCGACGACACCAACCGCACGGAGAGCAUGGGCGAGCUGAGGUCCGAAGUAGACGCCGAGAUGGAGGGAGAGACGGAGAUCGAGGAGAUGAUGGAGGAGCUGUUGGAUUUCGAUCGGGAAACUCAAGGCAGGGACGAGGAAGACGACAGUAUGUGGACAGUGGACGAGCUGAGGAAGGUGUCGGUGCGUCCCAGUCCCAGGAGAAGACAGGCCCUGGACAGUCCCAGGAAAGAAGCAAAGAAAGCGGAAAUUGACGAGGAAGACAGCCAUUCCUCGCACAUGUCCUGCUCCAGUCAGUCUCAGCACUCGUCCGCGGAGCCGAUGCGAGUGGAGAUGGAGGACUUAGACGAAACCACGGACCAGUUGGAGCAUUUGACCUGA